CGAUAUAACUACCAAAAUAACUUCCCAUAUCACUACCCAUAUAACUACCCAUAUAACUACCAAAAUAAAUACCCAUAUAACUACCCAUAUCACUACCCAUACAACUACUCAAAAUACUACCCAUAUAACUACCCAUAUAACUACCCAUACAACUACCCAUAUAUGUACCCAUAUAACUACCCAUAUAACUACCCAUACAACUACCCAUAUACGGGAGACAACUAA